AGAUGGACAAGGCAUAACUUCUCUAUGUUGUUUUUCCCAAUUCACUUCUCCCUCUGCCUCUGGCGAUUGAGAUUGAAGAUACUCCAAAAGGCUUCUUGGUGAUUAUUAGGAUGCCUAUUAAGGGAAGAAGGCGUUGUCGAAGUUUACCUCCUGACAUCCUUAGUAACCUUCCUGAUAACAUAAUCGAUGUUAUUCUAAUAUGUUUGCCUUGUAAAGAAGCUGUGAGGACAAGCAUCUUAUCGAAGAAAUGGAGGUACCGUUGGUGCAGACUUACAGAAUUGACGAUUGAUCAAUCUCAUUGGAGUACAGAGGAGGAUUUAGUAGAUCCUACUGUUAAAUUUUCGAAGAUUGUCUACCAGCUUUUAACCCUUCAUAAAGGACCCAUUACUAAGUUUACCCUCGACAUUACCGGGUUGAGAAGCUGUCCUGAGAUUGAUUUCUUCAUAUAUUUCCUCUCGAUGAAUGGCAUUCAACAUCUUGUUUUUCACCUUCCAUGGAAUGAAGAUGAAGCAUACAAAUUGUCUUCACUUUUCACAUGUUCGCAGCUGAGGCAUCUAACUCUUGAAAAUUGUUUUAUACAUCCUCCCUCGAGCUUUCAAGGAUUUGAUAAGUUAAUCACCUUGGAACUAUGUAACGUCACAAUCUCUUUUGAAUUGCUCGGAAGUUUGAUAUCUCGUUGCUCGUUGCUUGAGAAGUUAGUGCUGGAAAUCUCAGGAGUUCCAAUUUCAUAUAUAAUAGAAAUUAAUGCCUCUAAGCUGAAAUCCUUUGAUUUCUCAGGCUGUAUAAGUUAUAUCAGUCUAACGAACGUCCCUCUUUUGACAAAAGUAUCUCUGAACUUAUAUGAGGGUUCUUCUAUGGAGGCACAAAAUUUAUAUUUUGUGAAGUUUUUCGAGUCUUGUUUUGCUCUCGAGCACCUCCACGUCCACUUCUGUUUUGAACAGUUUGAAUGUGCAAAACCAGAUGAAGCACCAACAAGACUUCCUUUUGAUCAUAGCCGAGUCAAACGGUUUUAUGUGCGUGAUAUUUUGCUGGAGGAUAUAUAUGAUACAUUAUGCUGUUUUUCGUUGAUAAGAAGCUUCUCAUACUUGGAAUAUCUUGAACUAAAGCUUUUCACUGAAGAUGAUGAUGGUACUGCAGAAUUUCUUGAACUUGAACGUUUCUCCGAUGUCACAUUUAAUCACCUCAGGGAAGUUAAGCUAGAAGACUUCCACGGGAGAGCGCCACAGAUGCAGUUUGUUAAGCUUUUGUUUGCCAAGUCUCCAGUGUUGGUGAGAGUGACUAUCGAUUCAUAUUCACGUCCCAAAAGAAGAUCAAAGAUACUUGCUAAGGUAUCAAAAUUUUGGCAUCUAUCACCUAAAGUAGAAGUAAUCUAUCGUGAUCUUUGGAGCGGAAAUGUAUUUGAAGUUGAAGUUGAAUAGAUGGAAACAAAUGUGGAGCAGUAGUAGCAGUAAUAUAACAUUGUGUUUUGAUGUGAAUGUCUGUUUGGGAACAUGAGCAUUUCUUUUGGUUUGUUUGUUUUGUUAGCCAAGUUCCCAGUCUCUGUUCAUGAAUGAUUUUGUUGAAUGUGUGACAUACUCAUGAUUUGAUACUAUGGUGGUUUAUUUCAA